UUAAUUUAAGACGACCUUGACCAGAAAUCUCCCACCAGCAAUUAUUACACAAGCUGAUUAAGAUCUCCAAUUCUAAGAGAGACAGGGGGGAACUUAAGAUUAGAAGGCGAGAUCAAAGCAAUGGGCAAUUGGUUUUCCAGAAAGUAUCUGGCGGUGCAUCCAAUGGACCAAGAUGGCGAAGAUAUCGUUAAAAGCAGCCUCAUUACUCCAUCAUCAAGCAGCUUAAGAAUCAAGGUUCGUAUGACUACAACGCAACUAGAAGAGUUGAUGGCGCUGGCGGAAUUGAGCGAAGGAAGUUCGGAUCUUGGUCGCGUGAUCCUGCAAGAAUGCUUAGAUGGCAGGUUUCGUGCUCGUGUUGUCGUUGGUGAUGAAGGUUUGCUGUCAUCGGAAUAUGCAAGGAAUCUAUAUACCAUCAAGGAAGAGUAAAAUGGGCUUGUAAGUUACCAAAAUAAGAUGGAUAUAACUAUUGCUGGUAGAGUGUUUGUUAGUUUGACUAUGUCGUGUGUAGCAUGUAAUCUGGGUUUUUGUUUAUAUAAAUAUACUUAUUUUAUUAAUGAAUUUAAUAUUUAAUUAAUAAA